CUAAAGGAGGUAAAGAAAACACAGGAGGGUGAAGGGUGAGAAAGAAACACCUCCACCGUCUCCUCCUCUUUAGAUUUCUUUCGUCUUUCUCUCACCCUCAUCGUGUGUUUGGCAUUAGUCUUGUCUACUCAAAUUAUUUAGUAAUAAACAAAAGUUAAGCCAAUCCUCAACCCUAAAUUUUGAGAAAGGAAAAAAAAAUGGCUUCUUCAUUGGGCAUGCAAUCGUCUCCUUCACGAACGGCGUCGUUUUUGAAGCCCUCUUCGUCGUUGUCUCGUUGCUGUUCUAGACAGACAAGUUUGAGUUUCAAUGGCGCUAGCACCCGAAUUUCCUCUACAAACACCAUUAAAUGCGAUAUUUCUGAACCAUUGAAUUUUGGAAACGGGAAGCCUACUAUUCCUGUCCUUAACAACCAGACCUUGCCCAAGUUUUUGGAAUCUGCCCGAGUGGAUAAAACUGUUAACAGAAAUGAUACCAGGCUGAAAUUGUUUUCUGGCACAGCAAAUCCUGCUCUAUCUCAGGAAGUUGCUCGGUAUAUGGGCCUAGAACUGGGAAAGAUCAACAUAAAGCGAUUUGCUGAUGGUGAAAUAUACGUUCAGUUGCAAGAGAGUGUUAGAGGAUGCGAUGUUUUUCUACUGCAGCCCACCUGUCCUCAGGCAAAUGAGAAUCUCAUGGAACUUCUGAUCAUGAUAGAUGCUUGUCGGAGAGCAUCAGCCAAGAACAUCACUGCUGUGAUCCCAUACUUUGGAUAUGCCAGAGCUGAUCGAAAGACUCAGGGUCGUGAAUCCAUUGCAGCCAAACUUGUCGCAAACCUUAUCACAGAAGCAGGUGCAACCCGCAUUCUUGCCUGUGAUCUUCAUUCUGGGCAGUCUAUGGGUUACUUUGAUAUUCCCGUGGACCAUGUGUAUGGCCAGCCUGUGAUUCUUGAUUAUCUUGCAAGCAAGACAAUUUGUUUUAGUGAUUUGGUAGUGGUUUCACCUGAUGUUGGUGGUGUUGCAAGAGCACGGGCUUUUGCCAAAAAACUGUCAGAUGCUCCUUUAGCUAUAGUGGAUAAAAGGCGUCAUGGACACAAUGUUGCUGAGGUUAUGAAUCUUAUUGGUGAUGUAAAAGGAAAGGUUGCAGUUAUGGUGGAUGACAUGAUUGACACUGCUGGUACAAUUGCAAAAGGAGCAGCUCUUUUACAUGAAGAGGGGGCCAGGGAAGUUUAUGCAUGCUGUACUCAUGCUGUUUUUAGCCCUCCUGCAAUUGAGAGGUUGUCCAGUGGCCUAUUUCAAGAGGUUAUCAUUACAAACACAAUUCCUGUGGCGGAGAAGAACUACUUUCCUCAGUUGACUGUGCUUUCUGUCGCAAAUCUGCUGGGCGAGACAAUUUGGCGUGUUCAUGAUGACUGUUCCGUGAGUAGCAUUUUUCAAUAACGUAGGAAUAUCCAAUGGCGGUAGAUCCUUUUAGUUCACACAUGGAUUCCCUAGCCAGAUGGCGAAGGCAGAGAUUGUAGGUUUAGAUAUCUCUAAGUAGAAGAAAAUCAAUACCUGGGGGCUUCUUCAUCUUCUCCCCCACCCAGUAACAUGUUUCUUUUGUUCGAUUCCUAGUAGGCUGGAUCCGUUGAAUAUUGCUAUCUGCUAUUGUCUGCUUCUAUAUUCUACGCCAGGGACUUGUCCUCGACUUGGCUUCGAGUAUUUAUAAUAUUUGCAGGCAAAAUUUCAAUUGUCUUACAAAUGAACCUCUGCAGCAGUCUCAUUAAUAAUACAAAGAUUUUACCCAA